AUGGUCACUGAUGAGCAUAACAGAAACCUGAAAGCUAUCCCUACAAUGGAGGAGUUGAGAACUGUAGUGUUUUUAAUGAAUCCCAAUUCAGCUGCUGGACCUGAUGGAAUGAAUGGUGCUGAAGUCCUCUCCAGGCUCAUGAACAAUCUUCAUCAACACCCCCAAUAUCAUGGUUUCCUGAUGGCUAAAAAGGGCCCUCAAAUUAAUCAUCUCAGUUUUGCAGAUGACAUCAUCAUAUUCUCAUCUGGAAGAUCUCAUACCUUGAAGCUUAUCAUGGAGACACUACAUACCUAUGAGCAUGCUUCAGGCCAAUUGAUCAAUAGAGACAAGAGUAACUUCAUGGUACCCUCAAAUGCCUUCAACUCUACUGUUAGAAGAAUCAAGAAAGUUACAGGCUUCAAGCAAAAGAACAACCCUAUCACAUAUCUGGGGUGUCCUCUCUACAUUGGUAGACAGAGGAUCAUCUAUUAUUCUGAGCUUAUAGCUAAAGUUGUGGCUAGGAUAGCUGGAUGGCAGGCAAAGUUAAUUAGUUAUGGAGGAAGAGUUACUUUGAUUAAGCAUGUCAUCCAAGCACUUCCUAUUCACUUAUUAUCUGCUAGUUCCCCUCCUGCAACCACUAUCAAGCAAAUUCAAAGCAUCACAGCCAAUUUCUUCUGGGGGUGGAAGAAUGAAAGGAGGAAAUAUCAUUGGUCUUCUUGGAAGAAUCUGAGUUAUCCCUAUGAUGAGGGUGGUAUUGGAGUGAGACUAAUAUCAGAUGUUGCCAAGUCUUUCCAAUACAAACAAUGGUGGAUAUUCAGAACUAAGAAUUCCUUAUGGAGUGAGUUCCUCAAAGCUAAGUACUGUCAGAGGUCAAAUCCUAUAACCAAAAAAUGGCAUACAGGACAGUCUCUGAUAUGGAAGCACCUCAUGAAGAACAAGCACAAUGUUGAGCCUCAUAUCCAAUGGCAGAUACAGUCUGGUUCUUGCCUUUUUUGGUGGGAUAAUUGGUUGGGAGUUGGCCCCUUAGCUAAUUUCAGGUCUGCCAGUAGUAGACAGAACAAUACUAAGGUGUCUUCUUUCAUGAUUAAUGGUCAAUGGAAUGCAGAACUGGUCUCUCAGAAAGCACCUCCUCAGUUUGUACCUAGCAUCCUGGCAAGUAACAUCAACUAUCAGCCCCACAAACUUGAUCAGGCCUCUUGGAAGCCUAAUAACAGUGGGGAAUUUAGUUGUUCUUUUGCCUGGGAACUUAUCAGGGACAAAAAAAGCAAGACAAGGAUCAACUCUCAAACAUGGCACAAGCACAUACCUUUUAAAUGUUCAUUUCUACUCUGGAGAGCACUUAGAGGGAAACUCCCUACUAAUGAAAAACUCACCAGCUUUGGAGAAGCACCAGCCCAAUGUUACUGCUGCAACAUACCUGGCUUGGAUACCAUUGACCAUGUCUUUGUCUCUGGAAAUUUUGCUAGGAAAAUUUGGAGUCUUUUUUCUGAUUCUCUGGGUAUUAACAAGGAAUAUACCCCCCUUAGAGGUCUGAUGAUGAAGUGGUGGUCCACUAAAUACAAAAAUGAUGUCCAUAAGCUCAUCCUACAAGCAACUCCAAUAUUCAUAUGCUGGAAUCUAUGGAAAAAUAGGUGUGCUAUCAAAUAUGGUGGGAAGAAAUCCAACAUUACAAGAGUGAUAUAUUCAGUACUUAAAGAUAACCUCAAUCUGCUGAAUACCACAUACCCCUACAUCAACUGGCCAAACAACUGGAAGGAACUGGUCCUUCUAGUGGAUAAAUGUACUCAUGAAGUCACUGUUAAGACUGUUUAUUAG